AUGUCCAAUCCCAGCAAUGCUGGAUUCAAAUACGCACGUCGAAAGAAGAACCAAGCAACCAUGUACGGAGGCUUCUCAGAUGCUACGCUUCGAGGUCGCAAUGUGCCUCAAUGUGCUAGUCCCCACGAUCCAACUUCGGCCAAACCAAACAACCAGCACAAGAUGAUUUGCCUGCGCGCCUACCUACGCCUAUCCAUCCGUACGCCCCAUUCCGUUGGCGCCGCUGAAACCCGAGCUAGUGGCUCUUCAGAGACUUCGUACUUUUUCCCUCUUCACCAGAUAUUGUCAGAGUCCAAUUCAAGUCUUGUCCCAACAAGAAGUACUGGCUACAGGGGUCGCAAUCGGGGCGCCAUCCCGUACAGAUCCGGUCGUCGUCGACAAGAAUCCACCACACUUGGCUGUGAAUCUGCAGCAGGCGAGGCACCAGGGCUGCAGGGUGGUCUGGGCCAGCCCGAACAAACACGGAUCAAGGCCAAACCGAUGCAGGCUUGCAGUGCUGGCUCCUGUUCCGUCUCCGGGGUCCCUUGGCCGCUGCCGCCCUGCUCUGACCGUUCCUGA